AUGGACGGCAUGAUGUCUCAGGCUAUGGGACAGCAAGCGUUCUACUUCUACAACCACAACCACGACCACAAGAUGGCCCGCCAGGCCAUUUUCGCACAGCAGAUGGCCGCCUACCAGAUGGUACCGACCCUGCCGCCCACGCCCAUGUACUCGCGACCAAACUCCUCCUGCUCUCAGCCCCCGACCCUCUACAGCAACGGCCCUUCAGUCAUGACUCCCACAAGCACACCUCCGCUGUCCCGCAAGCACAUGAUGCUGGACGCAGAAUUUGGCGACAACCCCUACUUCCCCUCCACGCCUCCUCUGUCCACCUCUGGCAGCACCGUCGGCAGCCCCAAGGCCUGCGACAUGCUGCAGACCCCCAUGAACCCCAUGUUCUCCGGCCUGGAGGGCAUCGCCAUGAAGGAGGCCGUUGAUACCACGGAGAGCCUGGUCGUUGACUGGGCUAGCAUCGUCUCGCCACCCUUGUCGCCUGUGUACUUUCAAUCCCAGGUUAGCAGGGUGCCUUCGCCCACCUCCAGCCCAAGCGACAUCCUGUCCACAGCCUCAUGCCCUUCUCUGUCUCCCUCGCCAACUCCCUACGCGCGGUCCGUCACAUCGGAGCACGAUGUUGAUUUCUGCGAUCCUCGCAACCUGACCGUCUCCGUUGGCUCCAACCCCACUCUGGCCCCGGAGUUUACCCUGACGGGCCUGGCCGAGGACCUCAAGGGCGAGCAGCUGUCCACCGCCCAGCACACCUUUGACUUCAACCCAGCCCUGCCCAGCGGUCUGCCGACCUUUGAGGACUUUUCCGACCUCGAGUCCGAGGCCGACUUCAGCAACCUGGUCAACCUUGGUGAGGUGAACCCCAUUGACAUCUCCCGCCCCCGUGCCUGCACCGGCUCCUCUGUUGUCUCUCUGGGCCACGGAAGCUUCAUCGGUGACGAGGAGCUGAGCUUCGAGGACAACGACGCCUUUGGCUUCAACUCUCUGCCCAGCCCAACUUCAUCCAUCGACUUCUCCGACGUCCACCAGGACAAGAGACGCAAGAAGGAGAAGAAGGACAUCAAGCCCAUCAUGAACACUGCUGCUAGCGGCUCCCCGUCUGGCAACGAGCAGAUUGGCGCCACCCCGGCUGCCUCUGCUGCCUCCGACUCCAAUGCCUCCUCCGCUUCCGAGGACCCUUCUUCCAUGCCCGCUCCCACCAACCGCCGUGGCCGCAAGCAGUCUCUGACUGAGGAUCCCUCAAAGACCUUUGUCUGCGACCUCUGCAACAGACGCUUCCGUCGCCAGGAGCACCUCAAGCGACACUACCGCUCCCUGCACACUCAGGAGAAGCCCUUUGAGUGCAACGAGUGUGGCAAGAAGUUCUCUCGCAGCGACAACCUGGCUCAGCACGCCCGCACCCACGCUGGUGGCGCCAUUGUCAUGAACCUCAUUGAGGAUGGCUCAGAGGUCCCCGCCUUUGAUGGCAGCAUGAUGACUGGUCCAGUGGGUGAUGACUACAACACCUAUGGCAAGGUCCUGUUCCAGAUUGCAUCCGAGAUUCCUGGAAGCGCCAGCGAGCUCUCUUCAGAAGAGGGUGACCAGAGCAAGAAGAAGCGCAAGCGCUCUGACUAAACGACUGGUCUAUGAUUACCUGUAUACACGCCUGACAUGAUAAUUCUUACCGAUUCUUGCUACACUUUCUCGCUCAACUAGCUUGAGGAGAGAAAGUGUGAGCCCUAUUUUCAACACAUACACUUUUACCUAGAGGAGGUUAUAUACUACAUACAGGGAAAAAGCUCAAGCGGUUAUGAUUGCAUUUUCAAACCUUCAGUUCUUGUAUCGACUUGCAACAUCACACUGAUGAUAUUCUUUUUAUAUCGGGAUUACUCAAUCCCCUUAUCUUUUCUACACUUUUUUUUUUUGCAUCAUGACAAAAAGGUUCGACGCAGAUCGGACUUGGAAGAGGACAUGAGUUUUUUCUCUUUUUACUUUUGGGCGCGCAUGGCGGACUCUUUUUCUUUUUUUAUCUUAGAUUUUCUUUUUAUAUAUUUGGCACUCACAACGACGGCAUUCCAAUCAGUUGGCUCUGCCCCUGUUAUUACACACAAGUGUAAUAAUCCAUCGCGAGCGAUGGCUGGAAAAGUCGUUUUUGCCAUGGUGGGAAUAACUGAAACAUAGAGACGGGAUGCCUUGGAAAGCAUCAAAGGCCAGUGGAGGACUACCGCCAAUCAUUUGGAAGGUUGAUUCCUUAUCUUUUAGUACAUCAAAGUUUUUUUGAUUUGUACUGCUCUUCGUUGAGCACGUGGGUUUAAUGGCAGUGUGUGUGCGGGUCGCAAUCAUUUUUUUUUUUAGGGAGAAAGAUUUAUACUUGACGCUACGCCAAACCAAUAAGAAAAAAACACUGUUGCCAAAAAACAACUUACUGAAUUGUGCCUCUUUGACAUGGUGACUGAAUGUUUGCCUGUGGCCAGUGAAGUUUGUUACGAAUUUCUUUGUAUAUAGAAAUGGGAAAUGGGAUAUAUAGACUAUGGGAUUUUAGACAUUAGACAUAUUACUAGACUUGGAAAAGAAAUCAUGUUAACUA